AUGCUUGUGGAUGAUGAGCGGAGGGCGAUGGGAUGGCAGGAGCGGGUUUGGGGCUAUACCGGUGCUUGCGGAAUGGUCCAAGGACUUGCCACCGGGUAUUUCCUCUGGGACCUUAUCGUCACCUCUCGAAACUUGGACGUUUUUGGUCUUGGUACGCUCGCCCAUGCAGUUAGUGCCCUCGCUGUCUAUGCCCUUGGAUUUCGGCCCUUCGUCAACUUCUAUGCUUGCAACUUCAUUCUUUGGGAACUUUCUACACCAUUUUUGAACAUUCACUGGUUUCUAGAUAAACUUGGGAUGACAGGCUCCGCGAUGCAACUUUACAACGGGAUUCUCUUGAUAACGACCUUCUUCUCAUGCCGCCUUGUAUAUGGGACCUAUCAAUCCUACCUCGUCUUCAAAGAUGUAUGGUCAGCAGUCGGUACCCAUCCGGACCUGUCGCAACUUGAGGCUCAGGAGGCUGGUGAUAUAAUGAGAUUUGCGGUAGAAGGGAGUACCGUGCCCUUGUGGCUUGCAGUGGUGUAUCUUGCUAGUAACACGACGCUAAACAGCUUGAACUGCUACUGGUUCUACAAGAUGAUCCAGGCACUCUCUAAGCGUUUCCAGACCACCGAGACCGGUCUGCCCGAAGAAAAGGCACGAGGGAAAUCCUCCGGUUUUAUUACUGCGCUGGAGCCUCGGAAGCGUAAUGCCGUAGCCUUAGGGCCCAGUACUGAGCUGGACGUCGUCAUUUAG